AUGGCGAGGACCAAGCAGACAGCGGCGAAGAGCACGGGAGGUAAGCGUCCGCAGAAGCAUCUCGCUCUGAAAGCUGCGCGCUUCGCCAGCCGCGACCACUUAAUGUUCGAGCUUUCAUCGCGAACAGAUGUAACCACGGUUUCCAAGACGGGUUCCAUGUUCCACAUUUGGGUGGCCAGCGGGCAUCGCCGUUACGCCGUAACAAAACAAGAGUUCAAAAGCCUUCUAGGAGAUCAUAUUACCGCCCUGCUCCACUGCAAGCCAGAUGAAGAGGUCUCUCUCGAAGAGAUAUGGCGUCUUGGUCUCACAGAGUCGUUGUCGGACACAAACCAGUACUGUAUUAUCGGCGACGGUGAGUGGAUUAUUGAGUCCAUCUAUCUCGACGUUGACAACACGUACUAUGGCGUCGACGCCGCAACCAACCUUCCUCACCGUAUUUUGCUAUACACUCUAGCAAUUUCCGGAACUGGGAAUAGUACAACUCACAAGAUUGUUGACGAUCUCUUCCAGUUUGGUGGGAGACACCGAAUUAGUGCUUUCUUAAGUAUUGAUCGUUUUUGCACCGAUCAAAAGGGCAGGAGUCUGAAGAUGAUACAUGGUCGUUCCAGGGCGGUCAAUCCUCGGACUCCGAUCUACCGCGUUUCCACACACGGGACCGUGCGGUUCCGAGAUAAUAGUGACAUGUGCAUCUCCGCCGCCGUCUGCAACGGUCUCCAACUACUAGGGUCUUCGAACCUUGCCGUCAAGUACUGGGAUCUUUUAGUCCGCAACAGCCUCCUCUUCGAGAGGGACCGGCUCUCCGUCGCGUCGAAUCCGAGAUUUCCAUGA